AUGGCUGUAAUCAAAAGGAAAUGGGCGGAGAAUGAAGGUUCGGGUGGCCUGAGAUGGUGUCUUGGGAGGGUAAAUUGGAUCAUAGAGACUAACAGAGUCGAAGAAACUAGACAAAAGGAAAUAGAUAAAUCUUCACUUGUGGUUAUCAUUACUGCUUGA